GAGGCGCACCUCCUGCGCGGUGCGGAUCCGGACUCUGGGCUGGAAGGGCUGCCCGAGAGGAGACGGCCAGGGCGAUCGCUCAUCCUGAAGGCCGCGGCCGUGGGGAUCGUCGCCGCCCUGGCGCUCCUCGGCGUCGUGGCCGCCGCCCAGGGGGCGCGCAGGGGCCCAGAACCCAGCCCGAGCCGGGCUCCGGCCGCGGCGGCUGCGCGGCUUUUCGGGUUGCCAAAGUUGCAGCUGCCGUUCAUGCAGCCCGCCGCGGCGCCGCCGGCGGUUGCGGCCCCACCCCAGGUUGCCGUGGCGGACCAGCCGCUCCAGGAAGUCGCGCCCGCGGAUGCUGCUGGGGCCGCGCAGGCAGCCCAGGGCGUGUUGACGCCGGCUGUUACCACGACGCCCGCACCUGGAGGCUGCUUUCAGACAGAGGAC